AUGACGUCAGUGCUUCCCAAGGGCUUCACUAUGAUGCCUGUGACCCGGUACCUCACAGGGUUUGUGAUCUGUGCCCCGUUGCUAGUCUCUUUGCUUGGGAUCAAACAUCUGCUUGUUCUUUCAUAUGAUCCUUUCAUUUCUAGUUGGCACCAAUAUUGGAGAUUUGCCGUGUUUCAAACUGCGUUUCAAAAUGAGAGCGAGGUCGUCGUGGCAAUCACUCUGCUUCACUUUGCGCUUAAACAUCUCGAGAGACUAUACGGUAGCUUUCGGUUAGCAUCGCUACUUAUUUGGUCCAGCUUGUACAAUGUGGUGUUGGUCUCCAUCUUGUCGUUUUUGGUGUAUCGAGUUCUAGGUGUGAAUCUUUUCGUUAGUGCAGGACCAUACGGAAUUUUCUUCACGCUGUUGUAUUUGUACUGGCAAUCCACACCGUCGAUCUACCGCUUUGAGCUCGUAUUCAGCGGUGUUCCUGGAUCGCCCAACCCGGCAAAAUUGGUUAUCACGGAUGGGAUCUUUGUGAAAAUUCUAAUGGUUCAGUUGUUCGUGAGCGAUGGGGUGUUGAACUCGGGCAUCCCAAGCGCAAUAGGAGUUGCAGUGGGAGCUCUGAUACAUAGUCAUAUUCUGCCAGGUAAGAGCGUCGAUUUCCCUUUGGUGAUACCAUUUUUGAGGAGGUACGCAGCAAGAAAGCCCCAGCCGACCAGACCGACUGUCAGUGAUGUCCAAGAUGAGUCAGACGACGAACGGGAUGCUACGGCGUUCCGCGAUGACGAGCAGGACACUCCGAUAAGGCCACUAGGGACUCAAUUGUUGGAUACCUUUAGGACUUAA